CCCCGCCCCGUCCCGCUUAGACAAUGCCCUGGAGCCGCCAGACCGUCGUGCCCCCGACCCACUGUAGUACUUGAGCUCGCCUACCCGGGGACCCCUCAAAGCCAAAGCUCCGGUCCCCGACCCUUGAAGGCUACGACUCUCUUCUUCACCAACUCUGUCCUCAGGGGGGUGGGGCUCCAGCCAAGAUCACUGAGCGGCAAGAGCAGCGGUGGCCGCUGGAGACAGGUGAAGUAGAAAGAGAAAACUAAGAAAUCAGCGCAGCCGGAGGGGGCGUCUGUGUGGAUGGGAUGGGGACGCCAGGGGAGGGGCUGGGCCGCUGCUCCCAUGCCCUGAUCCGGGGGGUCCCGGAGAGCCUGGCGUCAGGGGAGGGUGCGGCAGCUGGCCUCCCGGCUCUGGACCUAGCCAAAGCUCAGAGGGAGCAUGGGGUGCUCGGGGGUAAACUGAGGCAGCGAUUGGGGCUGCAACUAGUAGAACUGCCUCCUGAAGAGUCGCUGCCGCUGGGACCGCUGCUCGGUGACACCGCCGUGAUCCAAGGGGAUACGGCCCUAAUCACGCGGCCCUGGAGCCCCGCCCGCAGGCCAGAGGUCGAUGGAGUCCGCAAAGCCCUCCAGGACCUGGGGCUCCGAAUUGUGGAGAUGGGGGACGAGAACGCGACGCUGGAUGGCACUGAUGUUCUCUUCACCGGCCGGGAGUUUUUCGUAGGCCUCUCCAAGUGGACCAAUCACCGAGGAGCUGAGAUCGUGGCAGACACGUUCCGGGACUUUGCCGUCUCCACGGUGCCCGUUACAAGCUCCUCCCACCUGCGUGGCCUCUGCGGUAUGGGGGGACCCCGCACCGUGGUGGCGGGUUCCAGCGAAGCUGCCCAAAAAGCUGUCAGGGCAAUGGCAGUGUUGACUGAUCACCCCUAUGCCUCCCUGACCCUCCCGGAUGAUGCAGCAGCUGACUGUCUCUUUCUGCGUCCUGGGCAGCCCGGCCUGCCCCCUUUCCUCCUGCACCGCGGAGGCGGGGACCUGCCCAACAGCCAAGAGGCACUGCAGAAGCUCUCUGAUGUCACCCUUGUACCUGUGUCCUGCUCAGAACUGGAGAAGGCCGGCGCUGGGCUCAGUUCCCUCUGCCUGGUGCUCAGCACACGCCCCCACAACUGAGAGCCCGGCCUGGGGGUCCUGGCUGACCAGGGGUAGAAUGGCAUAGGAGUAGAAGGGGAAGGAAGGUUAGAUAGAGGAUGGUGAUUAGGCAGUAGUGGGGAGAAGGCCCCAAGAUAGAGGAGGGCACAGAGUGAGAAAAAGGAUAGAGACCACUGGGUGAGUCCUUUCCUCAAGAACUAAUAAAAUAGAACUGACCUUUUA